AUGAAGUGCUCGAGCAGAGGGGAGAUCGGUGUUCUUCAAACACUUCAAGGUUUCAAGGGGAUUCCAAAGAUUGGAUGGGCGAGCGGGGAGUUCAAGGACAGCAUUCCCAUAGGAACUAUCGAUGAUGAUGCCUCGGAGGUCCUCAUUACAUACUGGUGUGGGUGCGACCUCCGGGAAGAUGAGGUGCUUUCGCAGAGCUCCCUCCUGGCGAUAGUGUGCAACCUACUCGAGGUCAUGGCAUCCAUGCACCGCGCUGGCUUUGUCCAUGGGACAUUAAGCCACAAAAUGUUUGCUUUGACACUCGCAACAAAGAGAUGUUUCUGA